CAAAGCACUGUGUUUCUCACCCUCGUUGUCUCUCUUACAGAUAACUGACUCAGCUGGGCACAUCCUGUAUGCCAAGGAGGAUGCCACUAAGGGCAAGUUUGCCUUCACCACUGAAGACUAUGAUAUGUUUGAGGCCUGCUUUGAGAGCAAGCUUCCUGUGGGAACAGGGAGGAUGCCGGACCAGCUUGUGAUUCUGGAUAUGAAGCAUGGAGUUGAAGCAAAGAACUACGAGGAGAUUGCGAAAGUGGAGAAGUUGAAGCCUCUAGAAGUAGAACUGAGGCGCCUGGAAGAUCUUUCAGAGUCCAUCGUUAACGACUUUGCUUAUAUGAAGAAGCGAGAAGAGGAGAUGAGAGACACGAAUGAGUCGACAAACACCCGCGUUCUGUACUUCAGCAUUUUCUCCAUGUGCUGUCUCAUCGGACUGGCCACCUGGCAGGUUUUCUACCUGCGUCGCUUCUUCAAGGCUAAGAAACUGAUUGAGUAAAGGAGCAAGUCCUCCUCCCCCUCCUCUCAGACCCAGCUGGACACCGCUGGGAUCCAGCCAUGGCCCCCUGGGAGCCGUCUCACAGAUGAUACCCGCUGACUGGAGCUUUUCUGCAGGAACGUGGACCCUGAAGGGGGAGGGGAGCCUAAACUUUGGAGGCAACGGAGGACUUGUGAAAUCCUGUUGAAUGUUGAGGGUGGGGGAGGUUGUGAUGGGUUUGGGGAUUCCUGGGGCAGCGAUUAAAUAAAAAAAGAUGUUUCCAUGACAGCUGCAGCAAGUUUUUGCGCUGUCUGUUCUACUUUUAUAAUCUUGGCUUGAUGAUGUCUCCCAUCUGUCUGUGACUGUAGUGUUACUCUGAGCCACUUGACCCUGCUGAGCUCUUUAGGUGCCAUGCAGCUAGCACCGGGGCAGAGCAGGGGAUUCCCUGUUCUCACCAGCUGGGAUCUAAGCCUCGUGCAAACGGAGGUGAGUGCAAAGCAAUAGGAUUCAUCAUUCCAGCAGGGCCUGAGGAUAGAGGGAGGUCCAAGGUUUGGUCCCAGUCGCGGACCUCUGUGUUUCUCCCUGUGGGAGCUGGUGUCUUUGUGCUGACAGGUUAGGGCACUUGAGUGAGUGUACAGUGGUUCAGCCUAGAGGAAGGGGAGCCUUGGAAGGAGGGCUUGGGAACGAGUUUGAGCUUGGAAAGGAGAAACCUUCUUUGCUCAAAUAAGCUGUCAAGCCUUGAUCCCGCCCUUGCUCCACAUGUUUGUCUUGGAUUUGCCUGUCUUGUUCUGAAGUGAUGCAGCAGUUUUCCUGAAAGCCUUGAUCAGGGACAGCCUUUUGUGCAGACAGGAGGCCUCAGUCAGAUACAGCCACAGAGCAAAUAGGAGCAGGUUAUUUUAGGAAACUUGGUUUUACAUUGAGCAGCAGACUUUUCUCA